UGCGUAGUGUGUGCGCUUGGUGUUUUGCUGACGAAGAUUGACGCCAACACAACGAACAAGGAAGCCAGAAGAAGGAAGCUUGGUCUGAUCGCCUUCCCCUCGCCUCCCCUGCACCUCCACCCGACUGGCUGCCUGGCUACCUGGCUGCCUGCUUGUCUGCCUGCCUGACUGCCUGGCCCUUGUGACAUCACACCAACGACCGGCGUCAUGGAUGCGGCGAGCGUGGUUGUGUGCACGUCGUACGACAUCAUUGUUGGGCGCGGGCUCCUGCCCGACAUCCCGUCCGACCUGCUGACGUAUGUGCCGGCACCCAUGUACGCAGUGGUGACGGACGAGACAGUGGACUCCUUGUAUGGGGCACGCAUCACAGAGGCGUUUCGCGAGGCCCUGCACCCAACAGACAGCAAGAUGAUCAAGUUUGCCAUCCCUCCAGGGGAAGAGAGCAAGACCCGCGAGACCAAGGAGCAGAUUGAGGACUGGAUGCUGGGCAACGGGUGCGAUCGGUCCACAUGCAUCGUCGCUGUUGGCGGCGGUGUUGUCGGCGACCUUGCGGGCUUCGUCGCCGCCACCUUCAUGCGCGGCAUCAGGUUUGUCCAUGUCCCCACCACCAUGCUUGCCAUGGUCGACUCCUCCAUCGGCGGCAAGACCGGCGUCGACACCCCGGCCGGAAAGAACCUCGUUGGCGCGUUCCACCGCCCCCAGCGCGUGUACACGGACCUCAGCUUCCUGCACACGCUUCCCGAGCGAGAGUUCUGCAACGGCAUGGCAGAGGUGAUCAAGGCUGGCGCCAUCUACAACGCCGAGCUCUUUGAGUUCCUCGAACGCAACCAUUCAAAGGUGCGCGGCCUUGAUCCAGAAGCCAUCACCUACGUCGUCCGCACCAGCAUUGCCGUCAAGGUUGCGGUUGUGCUGCAAGAUGAGAAGGAGAAAGGGCUUCGGGCAAUCCUCAACUUUGGGCACUCCAUCGGCCAUGGCAUGGAGGCCCUGCUUGCUCCAAGCUGGCUGCAUGGCGAGUGUGUUGCUGUUGGUAUGGUGGCUGAAGCUGAAGUAUCACGCGCAGCAGGCAAGCUCGCACCAGACACCCUCAACCGCCUCAUCUCCUGUCUGCAGGCGUACAUGCUGCCGAUCUCGCUGCCGCGCGACUGCGAUGCACACGCGGUUGUGCGUCGCAUGGCUGCAGACAAGAAGAACCAGGGCGGUGUCAAGCGCAUGGUGUACCUGCGCCAUAUUGGCAACGCGGGCACGGGCGCGGAGGACGUGGAGGACCACAUGCUCCUGCGUAUCCUCUCCCCGGGACUCACCGUCGUCCCACACGGGCGCGUGCAUGGUUCACUGAUGGUUCCUGGCUCCAAGUCGCUCUCCAACCGCGUCCUCCUCAUGGCCGCCCUCGGCCGCGGGAAAUGCAGGAUUUCAAACCUCCUCCACUCCGAAGACACAAAGGUGAUGAUAUCGUCGCUGCAAACGCUGGGCAUCAGCGUUUCCCACGACCGAGAGACGCAUACGCUCGUGGUUGAAGGAUGUGAUGGCAAGCCCAGUGCUGUCGACAAAAAGCAGCUGUUCCUGAGCAACGCCGGCACAGCAACACGGUUCCUGACGACGGCGUGCGUGCUGCCGAGCGGUGGAAGCACCAUCAUAUCUGGGGAUGCGCGCAUGCACGAGCGACCCAUCCGCGAUCUUGUUGACGCGUUGUGCGACAACGGCUGCGACAUCACAUAUUUGGACGAGGAGGGCUGUCCACCGCUGCGCAUUGCGGGCACGGGCCUGCGUGGUGGCGACAUCACGCUUGCUGCCAGCGUCAGCAGCCAGUAUGUGUCGUCCAUUCUCAUCUCCGCCCCGUACGCGCAGUCCCCCGUGCGUGUGCGUCUGCAAGGCGACAUUGUGUCGCAACCAUACAUUGACAUGACCGUCUCCCUCAUGCGGCAGUUUGGCGUGGAGGUUGCUCGCCCCGCACCAAACGUGCUCGAGAUCCCAAACACGGGCUACACCAACCCACAAGAUUUCACGAUUGAAGGGGACGCGUCGUCCGCCAGCUAUCCUUUGGCCAUGGCCGCCAUCACCAACGGAAGCGUGACUGUGCACGGUGUCGGCAAAAACAGCCUGCAGGGCGACGCACGCUUCUGCGACGUGCUGGAGAAGAUGGGCUGCAGUGUCACGCAGACGGCGGACAGCACACGGGUGGAGCUCCCACACGGCACGCGGCUCCGCGCCGUGGAUGUGGACAUGGGCAACAUCACGGACACAUUCAUGACGGCGGCGGUGCUGAUGGCAACGACGCCCGUCGGCAGCGUGAGCCGCAUCACGAACAUCGCCAACCAGCGCGUGAAGGAGUGCAACCGCAUCCACGCCAUGGCCACCGAACUGGGCCGGCUCGGCGUCAAGUGCGUCGAGUUGGACGACGGGCUGGAGAUUCACGGUGCCGGGCGCGACCUGCCGCAUGUUCUGCACGACGGGUGCGUCGACAUCCACUGCUACAACGACCACCGCAUCGCCAUGAGCUUUGGCGUGCUCGGUUGUCUGUGGAAGAACAUCCACAUCACGGACAAGGCGUGCACGGCCAAGACGUACCCGACCUUCUGGGAUGACGUGGUGCGCCUGCUUGGCAAUGAGAUGGCCGUCGCCCCCGGCGUGCAUGCGCGCAUGCGUGUUCGCGGCUCCUUCCACCACGGCAUAAAGGAGGCAUCCAGCCUGGUGCUGAUUGGGAUGCGUGGGGCAGGGAAGACGACGCUAGGCCGGGCAGCGGCCGCGUACCUUGGCUACGACUUUAUCGACCUGGACGACCUGUUUGAGGAGAAGCACGGGCCAAUCCCCGCGUUUAUUGAGGAGCGCGGGUGGGAUGAGUUCAGGCAGCAGGAGCAGGCUGCUCUGGAGGAGGCACUGGAGCAGCACGCGUACAACACGGUGGUGUCGUGCGGGGGCGGCGUUGUCGAGACGCCCGCCUGUCGCGAAUUGCUUGCAGGCAGCCGCCUCCCCAUUGCCUGGAUUGACCGGCACAUUGACGACAUUGUCGCCUACCUGGAGGCCGACACGACGCGGCCCGGCUACACAUCGCCAGUUGUCGCCGUGUACCAGCAGCGCAGGCCCCACUAUGAGGCGCUCAGCACGCACUGGUUCCCAAUCGCCCGCGGCAACAGCGACAUUGCACACACCACGGCCUGCUUUUCUCGCUUCUGCGGGGUGGUUGUCGCCAAGCACGUUGCGCCGCUCCGCGACGACUCGUGUUUCCUGUCGCUGACGUUUGGCGACCUGUCGACCAUCAAGGACCUGUCCUCCCUCGUUGCGGACGUGGACAUGGUGGAGCUUCGCGUGGACCUCCUUGACCAACCCACGGACGCCGCCUUCAUUGCGGGCCAGAUUGCCCUGCUGCGGGCAUCCACGGCCAAGCCCAUUCUGUUCACGGUGCGCUCUGCCAAGCAAGGCGGCAAGCUGGCCCUGGACGAGGACGGCUACUUCAACCUGCUGUCGCUCGGGGCGCGGCUGGGGUGCGAUGCCCUGGACGUGGAGACGUGCUGGGACUCGAGCCACAUUGAGAGCGUGUGCGCGCCGCUGCGUGGGACGACCAUUGUCAUGUCGCAGCACUUUGGGCGGCCGUGCACCCACGUGGACGAGGUGCUCACGCUGGUGCAAGGGAGCAAUCUGCCCUUUGUGGACGUGAUCAAGAUUGUGUUCACGGCGACGGAGGUGUCCGACUGCUUCUUGCUGCAGCAGGCGCGGGAGCGCGUGCAUGCGGAGAAGGUGGUGACGAAACCCAUGAUCCUGCUGCUGAUGGGCGAGCAGGGCCGGCUGUCCCGCGUCACCAACACCAUGCUCACGCCCGUCACGCACGCCAACAUGCCCGGCACUGCCGCCCCAGGGCAGCUCACGUGGGAGCAAGUGCUGCGGCUCCGCCGCACGCUGGGGCUGCUUCGCCCACGCUCCUUCUUCAUUGUCGGCAGCCCCGUGGCGCUGUCCCCAUCGCCGCUGAUGCACCGCACGGGGUUCCGGCUCGCUGGGCUGCCGUGGACAUACGAGCGCCUCGACACGACGUCCAUGGUGGAUGUGCGCUCCGUGUUUGCCAGCGAAGGCUUCAUGGGGGCGAGCGUCACGAUGCCGUUCAAGCAAUCCGUGCUGCCGCUGCUUGCCUGGAUGGACGAGCACGCGCGUCGCAUUGGCGCCGUCAACACGGUGGUUCGCGGUGGCGCAGGCAACACGCAGCUGCUGGGCUUCAACACGGACUGGGUUGGCAUUGUGAAGCCGCUGCAGUCUGCCAUGCCCGCGGAGACACGGGAGCGUACGGGGAACGUGCUUGUGCUUGGUGCUGGCGGCACGGCGCGGGCCGCGUGCUACGCGCUGCACUACCUCGGGUUUACCUCUGUGUAUGUGGUGAACCGGACGCCCGAGCGAGCCGAGGCGCUGUGCCGCGACUUUGGUGUUCGCGCAAUCGACAGCGCUGAGGCCCUUGACGAUGUGGUCCUCAUCAUCAGCACGCUCCCGCCAACGGCCGCAGCGACUGUCCCCGCCACCCUCCUCCAGUCCAAGCCGGUUGUGUUUGACGUGACGUACAUUCCGCGGAUGACGCCGCUGCUUGAGCAGGCGCACGCUGCCGGGUGCCGUAUCUUUGGCGGCAUCGACAUGCUCAUUGCACAGGGCAUCGAGCAGCAGCGGCUGUUCACGCGGCGCCACGUGGAUGACGCUGUGAUUGACACGACGGUGCGGCAAGGAUACCGCAAGAUGCUGGAGGCAGACCCGCAUGUCAUUGACGACAACCCGAGCGAGGAACUCACCUUCCUCGUCUAGCUCGCCUGUCCUUCGUUGACUGAAGCAACCAGCCAAAGAGAGACAGAGACAGACAGACAGAGAAGGGGAAGGGGUUGCUUUCCCUGUUCCUUCAUGGUUCUGGUCCUUCUUUCUUUGCUGUUCCCGCGCCCCUUUCUGUUUUGUUUGUCUGUAUGCACGCACGCAUGCAUGUGCACAAGCUUGUCGUGUAGAAAGGAAGCAAGCGUCACAAUCUUGAUUGAGUGUGCUUGCUUCUUGUUCUGUUGCAUGUUACUUGCAUGUUGUUUUCACUGCGUUAUCCAUCCAUCCAUGCUGCUGUUGUUGUGCUGUUGUUGCUGCUGCUGUUACAUCAUCUUCCUCCGUGUGGUGCGGUGUGGUUGAGACGACGACGAAACAGGGCGACACUGCUGCUGCUCACUCAUGAAUGUCGAUGGACACAAGAUCCACCACCACCACCGCCCUGUUACAUUUUCGUUCCCAACACCAUAAAAGUUGCUUGUUUGUG